AAGGCAGCCCCGGCUUCCUCUAGCUGCCACACUCACGUUCCCAGAUCCCUCACGCCCUGCACUUGCCAGCUGAGCCUUGACUUCACGGGGACUCUGCCCGAUUCACUGGCUCACAGUUCGCCGGCAGUCAGCCUCCGCUCCCUCUCCAUGGCAUUCCAGACAGCCUCCCUGCUGGCCAUCAGCCUGCUGAUCCUCUGGGUCUCCCCUGCUCUGGGAGGUGCCAACGACGCUGAAGACUGCUGCCUGUCUGUGACCCAGCGCCCCAUCCCUGUAUUCCUGGUGCGAGCCUACCGCUACCUGCUCCUCAAGGAUGGCUGCAGGCUACCUGCCGUCGUGUUCACCACGCAGAGAGGCCAUGAGCUCUGUGCACCCCCAGACCAGCCAUGGGUGGACCGCAUCAUCCGGAGACUGAAGAGGAACUCUGCCAGGAGAAGUGUUCCAGUAGCUACCCCAUGACAGCCCAGAGAAAGCCCUGUGUUCGGGAGACAGAAUGUGAAUCACUGAAGCCCUGGGGAACCAAGGACCAGAAGGCAGGCCCCCUGCCCUCCUGCAUCAGACCCGACCUGGCUGCAGCAGGGCGGCAGUGUCAUUGUGAGUGUGAGUGUGAGUGUGAGUGAGGAUGUGUGUGGUGAAGAUUGCAAUGUUUCCAAUAAAGCCCAGCUGGUCCCCA